AUGAUGGCCUUGAGUGCCCGAACAACUCGCCUGUGGGCUGCGCCGCCAGCGUGGCAGGCUUCAUCACCUCCAUUUCCUGGAUCGCUUCGUACCUGUCCUUUGCGGCCAACGCCUGCGGUCAGGCUGUCAACAACGGUGCGCUGUGUGCUGGCGACUUCACCGCGCUCAUGGCCAACUUCGGCGAGAUCGCUACCGUGGGCGCUGCUGCACGUGCGGACUGCAACUUCGGCAAGAACGCCCUCCAGAUCCUCACGCGCACGGAGACGAUCUCCCCUCCCUGGAAGCAGUUCGUUCCCGCGGGAGCCUCUCCGGCGGUCGAGAAGGCCUUGA